AGCAAAUAGAAGGCUGCAGUCGAGGCACACAGGCAGGCACUCCUCUCCAGAAGGCUGAGUGAGAGCAAUGCUCAGUCAACUGACAGUCACAGCGCAGCUAGACAGCCAGGAAGACAGGGCAUUCUCUCACAGCACUAACAGACACCAGCACCACCAGCGGGGCCUCUGAAGCCCACUCCCCCCCUCCCGGAUAUGACUGCUCCUGGACACAGACUGAUCCUUAGCCUCUCUAGCCAGCUGUAAGGAGCAGCGAAUGGACAGAACCACUGGCAUAUCCUCCUGCUAUCCUCUCCACACCCCCACCACGCGCUGCUCCAUACCCCCAGAAGAGGAUUCAUGCUGUGUUGACAUAGGGUACAGGUGGUUGGUCGUGUUUGAGCGGCUGUUGGUUGUUUUCUCUGUGUGGUGGUGAGUUGAGGUGUGUUUAGUGUCAUGAUGAUGCUGCCUCUUGUUGUGAAGAGCUUGGUGUGUGUACUACUGGGCUUUGGAUGGGCCCAGGCCCAGGACCAGGCUGUGGGGCAGGAUGGCGCUGCCACCCCCUGGAGACAAAUGAUCCAGUGGGAGAACAACGGCCGGAGGUUCAGCCUCCUCAACAGUGGAGCUGAGUACGUCCCUGCCGGAGCACAGGAACAGGAGAGAAGUCACAGAGUGGUGGUGGCUGACUCUCGCCCCCGAAYCCCCCGCAGACCACAAGGWGGGAAYGUACGCAGGCAGGCCCCCUCCAGGGGAGGCUCGGAGACCGUGAGAGGACAGGCCAGACAUCCAUUUGGCUUCGGACAGGUGCCCGACAACUGGCGCCAGGGCUCAGUGGGGACAGGCUCCACCAACCCCCGCUUCAGGCCAUCCACUGGGUCCUCUUCAUCAUCCUCAUCAUCCUUCUCAUCUUCCUACAACAUCCCUGUCCAGCCCUACCCGCAAUACCCCUUCCCUCAGCAGCCCUACCCCCUGCCCUAUGAUCCAAGUGUGGUGGAGGGAGCAGGUCGGGGCUACGCGGAGCCACCCUUCCAGAGGGCCACAGGUGGAGGCUAUGGUGCUGGUGGUGGAGGAUAUGGUGCUGGUGGUGGAGGAUACGUUGGUGUCGGUGGAGGAUACACUGGAGUCGGGUAUGGAACUGGUGCUGGUCUGGCACCUGUGGUUCCACGCUCCCCGCAGGACUAUGGUGAGGAUGGCUACCGUUACUACCAGUCCUAUGGCUACGGGCCCAACCCUGCCGUACCUGCCGUGCCUGUUGUGCCAGCACGGGCUGCCCAGCCACCCUUUUCAGAUGGCCUGGACCGCAGAUACACACACAGCCUCUACAAUGGAGGAGAAGAUCCUGCUGCUGCUGCCGCUGCCGACACAGUGCCCGCUGCCCCGGACAGGACAGUGGCUGGCGCUCAGCCUCCAGUACGAAGCCCCCAGUACGAGCAGUUCCCCCCGUUCGGUAGACCUCAGGUGCAGCCACAGCCUCCCUUCCACCAGCCUGUGGUGCCAGGAAGAAACUCCAACAUGGCCGUGGAGAACCCCAGCGUCAACGUCGGGAGUGUCUACCGGCCGGAACAGAGAGGUUUGCCAGACCUGGUUCCUGAUCCAAACUAUGUGCAGGCCUCCACGUAUAUCCAGAGGGCUCACAUGUACUCUCUCCGUUGUGCUGCCGAGGAGAAAUGCUUGGCAAGCACUGCCUACAGCGCUGAGACUACAGACUAUGACAUCAGAGUCCUGCUUCGCUUCCCACAGAGGGUUAAGAACCAGGGGACGGCUGACUUCAUGCCCAACCGACCCCGACACACCUGGGAGUGGCACAGCUGCCAUCAACACUACCACAGCAUGGAUGAGUUCAGCCACUAUGACCUGCUGGAGGUCACCACAGGAAGGAAGGUGGCUGAGGGACACAAGGCCAGCUUCUGUCUGGAGGACACCACCUGUGACUUUGGUCACCUGAAGCGUUAUGCCUGCACAUCUCACACUCAGGGUCUGAGUCCGGGCUGCUACGAUACGUACAACGCUGAUAUUGAUUGCCAGUGGAUCGAUAUAACAGACAUCCAACCUGGGAACUACAUACUAAAGCUCCAGGUCAACCCCAAGUACCUUAUCUUGGAGUCCGACUUCACCAACAAUGUGGUGAGGUGUAAUAUCCACUACACGGGACGCUUCGUCACAACAACCAACUGCAAGAUAUCUCAGUCCUGAUCGGACGUGGGAAGGCUGCCCAGCCAGGGUGAGUCCUCCAGGACAGUGCUGUUCCAUUGAAAUGUGAAUGGAAUUCAUUUUGUUAUUGUUGUUGCUGUUGUUUUGUUUGUGCUGUUUUUGGUUUCCUGGGCCCAGAGUGAACAAGGGUUCCAGUGGCACUGAAGAGAACAUGGGGAUAUUUACACAAGCACACAAACUGAAAACCCAUACCAAACUCAACACUCCAGUCUCCCACAGUCUCCAUUGUUGUUUUCCUUCUAUAUUAUCCACAACCUUCUCUCCCAGACCAACCCCACUGCUCUUAUUUCUACUCUGACAGCCUUAAUGAGGCUUUUGUCCAUGAAAUAGUAACAUCUUGGACAUUGUGAAUAUGUUGCUCACAGCUGUGAGCAGAGUGGCUCGGUUUAGUUUAUAAAUAAGGUGUGAAAUGGAGCUGGUGCUGAAAUUAGUGGUCCCAGACGAGUCUGGGCUCAACUGCAAUUCAACAAAUUCAAAAAAUUGUGCAUUCAUCCAUGCUGUCUGGGAGGAAGACAUGGCAGCCCAGCCAGUGACUCACUAGGACCAUUAUAGUGUUGUUUUUCUUCUUCUCUCUGCCUCUUUGUGCCAGGUUGAAAAAUUGUGAUUCUCUGAGCACAUUUGCAUAGUGUAAUAUUAUGGAGAGACUAGAGAGAGGGGAGAAACCAGGUCUUGUUUGUUUGCACACGUUAGUCUCCAUCAAGUAGUCACUCAACACAAAGAGGCUGUCAGAACCUAGAGCGUUACCGCCUCUAAAUACCGUCGAAGUCAGUUUCCGUCCUCGUCCUUCAUUUUUGUAUUUGUCUCACAGGAAAACAUAAAGCUUAGUUGGCAGAACUGCCAUUUAUUUUCAACCAGGUGCUUUCCAGAAUAAAACUUACAUUGGAGUUUUAUUUUUUAACUACCAACACUGGUCAGAUGCCAAAUAGGUUAUCUGUAGCUUUGUAAGAAGAAUGUACAUGACAAUUAACCCACUGAUGCAUGGUUUUAGCUAUGGAGAACUGUACUUGUUUUAAUUGAUUGUAUUUUGAUUCUUCUCUUUUUUUAACGAAAGGGUCUUUAGUACUGUGUUUGAAUUGUUGCUGUAUUUGUGAAAUUCCAGGAACUCAUAUAUCGUUUUUUAUGCAAAUCCAGAUCAUAGUUUUGAUUUGUUCAAAUUGAGUGUGUUGCGGCAGAGASUGACUGUAAAAAAGAAACUGAUGUGGUAAAAAACCUAUCAUUGUGAUGCGUUACACUAGUAGGUUUAGCUUGGCAUUACAGACAGACAGAGUGCUGAAAUGCCGCCUCUACCUACCUCUAAAAGAGUGAGCUAUUGUUUCCAGUUGAGUGUACGGUUUCUAUUACACAUCCCUGUGAUGAUGGCCCACUGUGGCCUCCCACACACUCCGUUGCAACACACACCUACAGUAAAACACUUAAGAGAAARGAUUUAGAAACAUGAACAAAUGCAGAACAGGUCUAGUCUUGUAUACUGUUUAUAUACCAUAUUACACGUUAACGUUACCAUUUUAACAUUGUACAUAGUAGUCUAUCAAUGCUGUCAUUGACCAACACUUCUUUGUAUUCUGGUUGCUCUUGAUAUUGUGUGUUUACCAAGACAGGUGGGAAGUAUAAUUAGGAGAUUCUAUUCAAUCAAUGGAAUGACACUAUUAGACUUGUGGAUUAUAGCAGGUAUUAUUAAAUAUAUGAGUAUAUGUUGAUUUGCUUGAAUUCUUCUGUUCUUGAACACCUGUCAAAAAUGACAKACCCAAUAAAGACAUAUAUUUUCACCUCUAUAAGGUG